UUUUGACACUUGCGCUCGUGACGUGUUCAUUUGUCAAAAAAACUCAAUUUUCCGUGCAAUAAUCCACGGAUUUUAAUUAAAUUUGCAGCCAAAGUGGGGCGAUUUGGGGACAUUUGCGCGUAAAUUUCGGUGCUUCAGAGGUAGUUGAUGCAAUUCCACGUGUCGGUGGCGUAGGCGUGUGGUGUUUGUGUGGCAUAUUUGCGGAUACCCGCAGGAAGGCAGAGAAGUGUAGUGAACCCAUCCCAUUUGGCCAGGAAAAAGUCCACACACGGCAAAAACUUGUAAAAAUGAUGGGAGAAGAGACUCCCAGUAGGAAUGUUGUAUCUCAAUUCUUCUUCAGAAUAUCCCAGCUCUAUCAACUCCAAUUGGACCGGUUGACGCCACACACGCGAGUACGAUGGUGUGGAGCAGUUUUUCUCAUUUUCCUCUUUCUCCUCCGUGUCUUCACGAAGCAGGGAUGGUACAUUGUCACAUAUGCCCUUGGGAUCUACCAUCUCAAUCUCUUUAUAGCAUUUCUAACGCCUAAAAUUGAUCCAGCACUGGAUUUAGAUGAUGACCAGGGACCGGAAUUGCCAACACACACCAAAGAAGAAUUUCGUCCCUUCAUCCGGCGCCUGCCGGAAUUUAAAUUUUGGUACGCCGUGGCCAAAAGCACUGUAAUCGGGAUAAUCUGUACAUUCUUUGAGGUGUUCAAUGUGCCAGUCUUCUGGCCAAUCCUCGUCAUGUACUUCAUCACGCUGUUCUGCAUAACGAUGAAGAGGCAGAUUAAGCACAUGAUAAAGUAUAGAUAUUUGCCGUUUACGCACAGUAAACCGCGCUAUCAGAGAGUUCCGGAGACACAGUGACAAUUAAAAGCACAAUCACUGCUACCCCAAAAUGUGGCCACUGCAGCACCACCAGCUGAGGUGAAGAACGAGAUGAUUGCACCAUCAUCUGUGUCAACUGUUUAGCUACAUUUUCUAAAACUAAUGGGGAAUUUUUCUCAAGACAGCAUAUUUUGCCUCUUUCCACCUCCCAACAAUCACCCAUUGAGUUGAUCUAAUUCCGAUUAUUGGUUACCUUUUUUAUAUUACAUACCUACAUAUAUACAUAAAUACCCCCUUCCUCCCAAACAGUGUUCCCCGAAAAAAAUGGAUAGAAAAAAAGAGAUUUUUUGGGGAUUCGCAAAGACACCACGCAAUGGGCCAAAGAGAGACAAAAUUUUGUUGAGGAAAAUUAAUUCGGAUGACUUGAAAUGCAGUGAAUUGUGCUUACGUCGGACGGUAUUUCAUUUUGCAAAUAAUUCUUAUUAUUACUAUUUUCUCUGUUAAUGGACAUGAAAAAUUUAAUUUAACAGUCUCUGUAGUGAUUUGGAUGCUGGCGAGAGCGAUUAAUUAUAGUAAUGUAAUUAAAUAAAAUAUAAAUAUGAUUUUCUUU